AUGGACGCGCUCAAGACGGCGGCGCCGUCGCAGCUGCUGGCGGAGCGCGGCGCGACGCUCGUCGUCAUCCACCCGGGCUCGCUCACCCUCCGCAUCGGCCUCGCGUCGUCCGCCGCCCCGCUCGCCAUUCCGCACGUCAUAGCGCGGCUCGCGUCGCCAAAGGGGGGGCUAGCGCGGGGAGUGGCGGAGGACGGGAAUAACGCAGAGCGGGGAGACGAGGCCGCGGCCCGCGCGGACGAGCAAAUCGGGGUGAGAUGCGCGGGCGGGCGAAAAGGGGGGGCGAUUGGAUGGGGGAGACGAAUGGAUGAGUGUGCGCAGGAAGCAGCGGUAGGCGGGGAGGUGGAGGGCGGAGGAGAGGGGUGGGCGCGGAAGGCGGCGGAGCGGAUGAGCGGUGAGAGCGGCGCCAAGGAGCUGUCCGCCGCCAUGAAGGAGCGGCGCGACGCGCUGAGAGCCACGCUGGCUGAAAUAGGAUUUCCGCCUCUGGCGGACGGGAGGGGACGGCGGGGGGAGGAAGGGCAUGGGGAGGAGAGCGAGGAGGAGGGAAGGAGGUGGGUGGGGGGAGGGGGCGUGGAGGUGGACGACUCGAGCUUCGCGUGGACGCAGGUGGCGGAGAGGGGCGGGGGGGAGGGGGGAAAAGGCGAUGAGGAGGAGGAGAAGGGCGGGUGUGAGAUGUCUGCGAAGCAGUUGAGUGGCAGUGAGGCGGAUGAGGGCAGGGGGCAAGGCGAGGGGCAGGCAGCGGGAAAAGAAGGCGUGGGUGUGGAGCGGGCGGUGGGCAGGGCGGAGGAGAGCGAGGCAGGGGCGAGUGAGGUGUGCGCGCAGGCGAGGGGCGAGGUGACGAGCAGCGCGCAGGCACGUGGCGCAGAUGCGGGCGCGCAGGGGAGGGCGAGAAUGGCAUGCGGUGGCACGUGCGGGCAAGUGCAGACAGGGGAGGAGCAUGAAGGGAAGGAGAAAAGAGGUGAGGAAGAAGAAGAUGAGAGGGCAGAAGAUGAGGUGAAAGAAGUGGAAUGUGAGGGAGGGGAUGGCAAUGUUACGAGAAGGGGGGACGAUGGGAUGGGUGGAGGCAACAGCGGGGAGGCAGGUAUGGAUGGGGAAGAGGGUGGGCAGGAGGGUGGGAAGGAGGUUGAGAAUGAGGGUGGGAAGGAGGAAGGGAAGGAGGGUGGGAAGGAAGAUGGGAAGGAGGGGGAGGAGGGUGGGAAGGAGGGGGAGGAGCAAGGGAGGAGCAGUGGGGUGGAGAGAGAGGAGUCAAAGGAGGGUGUGAUGGACGCACGUGCAGGCAGGGGCGCAGGUGCGACUGGCAUGGGUGAAGAGAAGGGAGCGCGCGAGGACCAUGCAGCGGAUGGUGCGUGUGCGACACGAGGGGAGGCUACGGGUAGAGGAGAGGGCACGGGGGAUGGGGGAGGAAAGGGCGGAGAGGGGAGGGCAGUGAGGAGAGAGGAGGCGGUUGCGGGCGAAGGGGAGGGCGAGGGCAUGGUGGGUGGGGAGCGAGUGGUGGGGACGAGUGGUGGCGUGCAUGGGAAGAGCAGCAGUGCGGCACAGAAAGGGUUGGAAAGGGGGAAGGGGAUGGAGAAAGAGGCAGAGGAUGAUUUGGCUGUGGUGGCAGGGAGCGGGGGAGCAAGAGAGGGCGAAGAGGCAGAGCGGGGCACGGAGGAGGGAGUGGGUAGGCAGGCGGUGGGGCAGGGCGAGGCAGUGAAGGGUGCAGUGGAUGGAGGGGCGGUGAACGCAGGGGCUCAAGUGGGGGUGAAGCAGGAGGGGAGGGAGGGGGUGAAGGAGGGGAACGACGAGGCGCUCUCAUCCCCCCCGCUCCCACCGCCUCCCCCCCCUGCAGCGCACAGCAGGCAGCGUGGGCGACCACGGUACCGCCCCGUGGUGGUGGGCGAGGCGGCGCUGGCCAUCCCUGGGGGCGCGCCGUACUGCGUGCGGCGGCCCAUGGCGCGCGGGCACCUGAACGCCAGCCACAGCUACCCGCUGCUGCACGUGCUGGACGACCUCAGCGCCAUCUGGGACGCCGCCCUCGCCCGCCUCUGCCCUCUCCCCCAUCCGCAUGCUGCCACUGCUGCUGCCCCUCAGGAUCGCGCGGGCAGGGACGGGCAGCAGUGGGAGUGGGAUGGCGAGGAGGGGGUGGAGCGGCGGCGGCAGCGGCAGCAGUGGCAGCAGCAGGUGUCGGCGGUGGUGGUGGUGCCGGAGAGCAUGGAGGGGCGCGAGGUGAAGGAGCUGGUGGGCGUGGCGCUGAGGCACCUGCGCCUGGCGUCCGUGGUGGUGCACCAGCAGGCCGUCGCCGCCGCCUUUGGCAGCGCCGCGCCGUCCGCGUGUGUGGUGGACGUGGGUGCGCACACGGUGAGCGUGGCGUGUGUGGAGGAGGGCAGCGUGCGCGCGGCGUCACGCGUGGUGGUGCCGGUGGGGUCGGAGGACGCGGGGCUCUGCCUGCUGUGGGCCGCCAAUGAGAUGCUGGGCGGCCGCCGCCCCUGCACUCGCACGUCCAUGGUUGGGUGGGGCGGGGGAGGCAGGAGUGGAGGCGAGAAACGCAAAGGGCGGGAUCUGGAGAGUGUGGAAUCGAAGGAGAGCGAUGAGGGGGGGCGGCAGGAGGAGGUGGGGGAGAGGGAGAGUGGCGAGGGCAUCAGGCGGUCGUUGCGCGUGGCGAAGAGAGUGCGGGGCGAGGGGAGUGGAGGGGGGGAGGGAGGGGGCAGCAGGGAGAAGGGUGCGCAGGAAAGCAGAGGCGCAGGUGGUGCUAGUGCUGUGGGCGAGGGCGCAGAGGGAGGUGAGUUGUGGGAGGAGGGGGAGUGGUUGUGGCCGUACCCAGGUUUUGACCCAUGGGCGGAUGCACAGGAGUGGGUGCAGCUGCAGGCGGUGAAGGAGGCGCACUGCUCGCUGCAGGUGGAGGAGCAGGGCGGCGAGGAUGCAUUCGAGAAUGACGUGGACGCAAGUGCCUUGAGGUGUUGUCGGGUGCACUUCACUCAGCGCUCACCUACCUCGCCACCGGCCGUGCGCCAUGCGGUGCCGCUGCCGCGAGCAGCCAUGCGGGCAGCAGCAGAGAUGCUCUUCCGCCCCGCCCUCAUGCUCUCACCGCUCUCCCACAUGCACUCACCCGUCACCCCGUGGCCGUGGCCGCCCCCCCACGUGCGUGUGGACCACCAGGACGCCCUGGACGACCCCUCGCUGCCCGACGCCGCGCUGCGCCGCCUUGACACCCUCGCCCUGCCCGACCCCGACCGUGCGCCACCCACCGCCUCUGCUGCUCCCACAGGGGGGCGCCGCGUGCCGCUGCUGCUGGGGCUGGACGCAGCCAUUGCGGCGAGCGUGGCGGCGGUGCCGGACAGGGAGGGGCGGGAGAAGCUGCUCACCAACAUCGUGCUUACCGGGGGUGGCGCCGCUCUGCCCGGGCUGAAGAGGCGCAUCGAGCAGGCCGUGCCGCGCGCUCUCACCGCCCGCUUACAGGCCAUCGCCCACCAGGCUCAAGCUGCUGCUGCUGCCGCCGCUGCCACUGCUGCCACUGCGGCUGCUGCUGUGACUCCAGGUUCUGGACACAAUCCUGCCGCAGCUGCUGCAGCCGCGGCAGCAGCGGCAGCGGCAGCCACUGCAGCACAGGCUCAGGCUGCUGCUGCCGCUGCUGCGGGUGGUGGCGUGGGGGGGCAGGGGCGGGUGGAAGUGGAGGUGCUGGCGAGCAGGCAUCCUGCGGGCGCGACGGCGUGGCGGGGGGGUGCGGUGCUGGGCGUGCUGGACUGGAGCCGAGAGUCGUGGAUGACACGGGAGGAGUGGGUGGAGGGGUGCCGCGUGGGCGGUGGCAGAAGGUACCGCGAGUCCAUGUGCUUCCAGACACCUCUCGUGUGGUACUCUAACGUGGAAAUGGAUGCCAAUGCAACACCAUACCACAACGGAUUCACCAUGUCGCGCAACCCGCAGGCCUGA